AUGAUUCUAAGCAAUACGGCGCCAUCGGGAGAUUGCCAUCCAUCGAUUUUCGGUCAGCUCCAGACUCCUGUUUUUCUUGGCGAUGGCGCCGAAGAUCCUAAAGUCUCUGCCGGUCUUGGUGAGAAGAUGACUCGUGUUCUGUCAAAUGGUCUAGGAAUGGAUGUAACAUGGAAGGAAUAUCAGGGAUUAGGACAUUGGUACCGUGCUGAGGACGAGGUUGAAGAUAUCUUGAGCUUCCUUCGGGAUCGUGUCGGCCUACCAGUGACGCCAGGGUCAUACCUAGCAAAAGGGACGAAACAGGGCAAAAAAAAGCAUAAGUGCUUCUUUGAAAUAUUGCCCACCUGA